UACAAUGUAGUGUUCUUGUCCAACCCCACCCGGGGCUCAUACAAUGCAUGGGAGCUGCUGGGAAUGGUCCGUAGAGCAGCCCCAAGGCCCCAGCCAUUCAGAUCUCUGUACAUUACACACGGGGCUGCAGAAUAGACUACAGGACACAAUAUGAAUUCCUUGGGGAGGUUUAGGCUCUUUGCCUGCACGGUUGGCAUCACCUGCUUUGUUCUGUCCUUCAACCCGUACCGCUGGCAGAACCUCUGGCACCUGGUGGGGACAAGCAUGGAUCCGCUUCCGACCUGCAGAGGACAAUUGGCCGAAGAUACCAUUACGCCAUUAAAGGACCACAGAACCUUUAUAAUUGCUCCGUACGUGGACAACAGAGAGAGGAACAUCAUCCGGAUCUUGGGGAUCGUUCAUACGGAAGUGAAGGAACUCUACUGUUACUUCUGCUGUGCCAAAGCCACCGUCCUCCAACACAAAGCAGAAAUAGAUAUCCAUGUAGAUCGGUUUGGCUUCCCCUAUGGUCUGGCCGAUAUCAUCUGUGCCGAGCCCCCCGACUGCAGAGUGGCCCACGUCGCCCUUGAUGGGUCUCCAACUGCAGACUUUGCCAGCCUCACUGUAUUCCCAAUCAGGAACAGGGAGCCGGGCGUACCGACGGCCAACUUCACCGUCUGCAUCUCCGCCAUGUUUGGGAAUUACAGCAACGUCCUGCAGUUCAUCCAGACCAUUGAAAUGUAUAAGAUACUGGGCGCCCAAAAAGUCACGGUCUACCUGAACAACUGUAGCCGACAGAUGGAGGAGGUCCUUCAGUACUACACCGAGGAAGGGACGGUGGAGGUGAUCCCCUGGCACAUUCAGCGAUAUCUUAAGGUCUCUCAUAAUUGGCAAUAUCCCGACGAUGGCACGGAAAUUGGUUAUUAUGGGCAGAUAUCGGCGCUAAAUGACUGUUUGUACAGAAACAUGUACUCUAGCAAGUUUGUUGUACUCAACGACCAGGAUGAAAUAAUUCUGCCUUUCAAGCACCGGACUUGGGACACCAUGAUGGAAAGUCUUCAACGGGAAAACCCCAACGUGGGAAUCUUCCUCUUCGAGAACCAUCUAUUCCCUCACGCCGCCCUGACCGAUGGCAACUUCCCCGACACCUCCAGGUGGAACGGGAUCCCGGGGUUUAACCUACUCCGACACACACUGCGAGAGCCAAACAGACCCGAUCACUUCAACUCGAGGAAAAUGAUCAUGGACCCGAGGGCGGUGAUCCAAACGUCUGUCCACUCUGUUCUCAAACAAUACAAAGACUCCAUGUUUGUCUCUUUAGAGAGCGCCAUGGUUUAUCACUGCAGAGACUCCCAACAGGAACAUUUAAAUAGAUCGUCACUGAUCGAGGACACCAAUAUAUGGCGCUUUAACGAGACGCUAAUCCGGAACGUCAACGAUAUGCUGAACCGCUUCUUAAAAUAAACAGAACGUUCAUCCUAUUCGUUUAUAAACUGCUGCUAUCUUGAAAUCUAGGAAAUAAUGUGAAUUCCCUUUGAGGGUCUUCAUCUCCUUUGGUUGGUUAUAGGUGGGACCAGGAUGCAGUGGGGGUCCUCUAUACAAUUUAGCCUGGGGGAGGUGCUCUAUGAACCCAGUAUGUGCAAUAAAUGUCAUUUUUUAA